AAAUAGUCUUGGAAAAUUGUGAGUGCCCAGAAUAAUGAUAAAGAUGCACCGAGAAAGCCUUAUUGUAUUGCAUUAGUUCAAAAUCGGUACGCCUAUUCCCCCACGUUCCUCUCUAUUGCGCCAGACAGUUCUCUUUCGCAGCUUCUCCUUUCCCAGUGCAUUCCAACUAUCGAAGAAUGGCGGAUAAGCAGGUGGUUAAGCGAGCUAAGUACAAAUUAUCAGUCAAGGACCCUGGUGUCCCUGGCGUUUUAAGAAUGACCAUGGAAAGGUUCAUAUUUAAGCCUAAUGACCCAAUGUCAUCAUACAAGCUUAAUGUGGAGUUUAGGCUGAUUAAAGGCCAUAAAUUCACUAAAGAGGGCACUAGCAAGCAGGCCUUGCUCAAUCUUUCCCAGGAUCAGGGUAAAAACUAUAUUUUCGAGUUUGACAGUUUCUCAGACCGUGAUGUAUGCAGAGAUUUUGUAGCUUCAGUUAUCACUUCUUGUGGAGAUUCUGGGAAAGCUACCCCUGCACCUGAAAGUUCUACUCUUCCAAAUGAUGAGCAACUCAGCACAUCUGAAAUGGAACGUCGAGUUAAACUUCUCAAGGAGGAUGGUGAAUUGAGGAAACUUCACAAGCAAUUAGUUAUGGGGGGCAUUUUGUCAGAGGGUGAAUUUUGGGCAGCAAGGAAGAAAUUACUAAAUCAGGGUGAUGCUAAGAGGCCAAAGCAACAUGUAGCUUUGAAAAAUCAUAUUUGGCAUAAAAAACCUACCAUUGAUGGUCAGCCUAACAAGAUUACUUUUAACUUGACACCGGAGAUCAUUCUUCAGAUUUUCGCUGAGAAACCAGCUGUUCGUCAGGCAUAUCUUAAUUUUGUUCCAAAGAAGAUGACAGAGAGGGAAUUCUGGACAAAAUAUUCAAGGGCUGAAUAUCUCCAUGGCAUGAAAAAUGCUUUUGCAGCAGCAGCAGCUGUGGCAGCUGAGGAUGAGGAGCUUGCUGUUUUUCUGAAACAAGAUGAAAUUUUGGCAAGUGAAGCUAGGAAAAAGAUUAAACGGGUGGAUCCAACGCUGGACAUGGAAGCAGAUGAAGGCGAUGAUUACAUACAUCUCCCAGAUCGUGGGCUCCCAUGUAAUGAUACAAAGGAGACUGAACACUUUCAACCUGAUCCAUAUAAAAGAUCUUUUGGACAAGAGCUCAAUCAGCAUGCAGCAGUAGUUCUUCGAGGAAGAAUUGUAGAUGAGUUAGGUGACCCAAGAUCUGUAGCUGAAGCACUUCACACACGGAAAGAGGUUGGUGAAGAAUCUUCUGAGACUCUUGGCAAUGAGCGAUCAAGACGGGCUUCUCAAAUGGCUGAGAUUGAGGAUCUACAGGCACCUUCAGAACCCCCAGUUGCACCAUUAUCUAUCAAGGAUCCUCGUGACUAUUUUGAUUCUCAGCAAGCUAAUGCAAUCAAAACACUUGAGGAUUCUGUAGUUGGCAACAGACGCUAUAAAUUUAGAGUGAGCACCUUAGACGCUUUUAGCUCCUUGAAAGGAUUUAUUUCAGAAAUCAAUUCACAGGGGUUACUAGAGCCAAUAGUAAGCCCUGAAGCUGCUUUUAAGGUGUUCAGUACAUUGACUCAGACCAUAUCGAGUACCAAAUAUAACCUUGGAAAAAACCCCCAUGAUAGUGUUUUGGAUAGGUUGCCAAAUGCAACCAAGGAUGAACUGCUACAUCACUGGACAGCAAUCCAGGAAUUAUUAAAGCAUUUCUGGUCCUCUUAUCCAGUCACAACCAAAUACUUUUAUGCCAAGGUAACGAAAUUGAAGGAUGCAAUGUCACAAAUAUAUCUGAAGCUACAGGAGAUCAAGGAAUCCGUGCAGUCAGAUUUGAGGCAUCAAGUUUCCCUUCUUGUUCAUCCAAUGCUUCAGGCAUUGGAUGCUGCUUUUGCGCAUUAUGAUGCAGAUUUACAAAAGAGAUCUGAGAAAGGGGGAGUAAGCUCAAAUGGUCUUAUAUAGAGACAGAAGAACUACUUCACCACCAUUUGAGGUUGAAGCGGAUCCACUGCACGUUGAGUCCUUAGCCAUGGAGUCCUUAGCCAUCGCCAUCAUCACCUGGCCUUCACCAUCAACUCAUCGCUCCAACCUUCACAUUCACCAUCAUCGUGAAAAGCAGACUUCCUCUAUUUUAGGAGUUCGACCAAGAGUAGAUUUCAUCUUACUACAACUUGAUUCGUUCGACUUUCACAUGGUCUCCCAAGUCCCAAUCGUUGAUGCUCUGGCCUGUCGGGAUUCAAACAUCUCUAGUCUGUCACUAUUCCUCCAUCUUUGGUGGUGCAGAGUUUCUCGAUGACAAUGUUGAUGCUCUAUUUAGACUAGAUUCUGAUGAGAUUGAUUUGGCAAAUCGGUCCAACCCUUGUGACAUCGCUCUCACAUACCAAAUGAGUAUAACGUUUAUAUAUACUCCGUUCAUCCUGUAGAAAGGUUUCAUGUUCUUUUUUUGGACAUUUCA